AUGUCAACCCAUCCCCAAGACGAAGUCCAAGACCACUCCCUCACCGACCCCGAAUCCUUCUGGGCAGAGCAAGCCUCCCACCUCUCCUGGCACAAGAAGCCUACCAAGACCCUUACACGAGUCAAGAAAUCCCUCAGGUCCGGUGUCAAGCACGACCACUGGGAAUGGUUUCAGGGCGGAGAGAUCUCGACAUGCUUCAAUUGCGUGGAUAGACAUGUGUUGGCGGGGAAUGGAGACCAGACAGCUAUUAUAUGGGAUAGUCCGGUGACGAAAACGAAGCAGAAGUAUACGUAUAAACAAUUACUAGAUGAGGUUGAGGUUUUUGCGGGGGUUCUGAGGGAUGAGGGGGUGAAGAAGGGGGAUGUUGUGUUAGUUUAUAUGCCCAUGAUACCCGCCGCAUUGAUCGGAAUUCUAGCAGUCUCACGCCUCGGCGCAAUACACGCUGUAGUCUUCGGUGGCUUUGCUCCAGCAUCCCUAGCACAACGCAUCGAAGCCUCAAAACCAGUAGCAAUACUCACUGCCUCAUGCGGUAUCGAUGGCGCAAAACCUCCUACCUCAUACAAACCAUUCAUCACAGAAGCAAUUGGCAUAUCAUCACACAAACCAAGCAAAACGAUCAUCUGGCAAAGAGACGAGCUUCGGUGGGAUAAUGUGGAUAAACCAAAUGGAUAUAGAAACUGGCAGCGUCUGGUACAUAGUGGACGUGCUAGAGGCUUGAAAGUCGAGUGUGUCCCGGUGAAAUCAAGUGAUGGGGUAUAUAUAAUUUACACUUCCGGCACCACCGGGUUACCCAAGGGAGUGCUUCGAGAAGCAGGUGGUCAUGCAGUUGGUCUGCAUUUAUCGAUUAGCUAUCUAUUCGGUAUACACGGACCUGGCGAUGUCAUGUUCUGCGCUUCGGAUAUUGGAUGGGUAGUUGGCCAUUCCUAUAUUUUAUACGCACCUCUACUUGCGGGAGCCGCGACAGUUCUAUUCGAAGGAAAACCAGUUGGAACACCAGAUGCUGGUACAUUCUGGCGUAUUCUGGAAGAAUACAAAGUCAACACACUUUUCACAGCGCCGACUGCGCUACGUGCUAUCCGUCGGGAUGAUCCAGAGAACAAAUUGUUCAAGGAAAGAGGUGAGCGGGGUGGGCUAAGGUCUUUGCAAGCGCUGUUUUUGGCGGGCGAACGAUCUGAACCGAGUAUUGUUACCAUGUAUCAAGACUUACUAGAGAAAUAUGGCAAGCAAGGUGCGAAAGUCAUUGAUAACUGGUGGUCCUCAGAAUCUGGUUCCCCAAUAUCUGGAAUAGCACUUGUACCUCACGCUGGAAAAGACCGCUACACGACAGAGCGAGGAGUUGAAAGUUUGGCCAUAAAACCUGGUAGUGCCGGAAAAGCCAUGCCUGGCUUUGACGUCCGAGUCGUGGAUGACUCCGGCAAAGAAGUCGAGAAAGGGAAUAUGGGUAACAUCGUUAUGGGUAUGCCAUUGGCACCAACAGGAUUCCGAACUCUCUGGGAAGACGAAGAAAGGUUUUAUAAAGGAUAUCUGAAACGAUUUGAUGGGAAGUGGAUUGACACAGGCGAUGCGGGAAUGAUCGAUACAGACGGGUAUAUUCACGUUAUGUCCAGAUCCGACGAUAUCAUUAAUGUAGCUGCCCAUAGAUUCAGCACUGGUUCAAUCGAACAAGCAAUCUCCUCCCACCCCCAAAUAGCCGAAUGCUGCGUCGUCGGCAUCCCCGACUCCCUCAAAGGCCACCUCCCCUUCGCAUUCAUAACCCUCUCCACGCCCUCCCACCCCAUCUCCGCCAUUCCCUCCCCAACUCUCUUCGCCGAAGUCCAGAAGCUCGUACGCACGCAAAUAGGCGCCAUUGCCUCCCUCGGCGGCAUGAUCCAGGGAAAAGGCAUGAUCCCCAAAACGCGUUCAGGAAAGACAUUGCGUAGAGUGCUGAGGGAACUGGUGGAAAACGCGGUGCAUGGUGAGUUUGAGAAGGAAGUGCAAGUCCCGGCCACCGUGGAGGAUGCGGCUGUUGUUGGGGUUGCGAAAGAGAAGAUUGAAGAGUAUUUUAGGGAGAAGGGUGGGGAGAUUCAUAGGGCUACGGAGGGACGGGCGAUGUUGUGA